GGAAUGGCGGGAUUAGGUCUCCAAAAAGGGGAAUUAGGGUUUUCAUAAUAAAUUUCCAAAGAUUGGAAAUAACGACUCUUCUUCUUCUCUGAAUCUCCUUCACUUCUGCUUCCCACCGGAAGACACACGCCGCCGUCAUUGAUGGAGAAAUCUGUCACUCCGACGACCAAAAAGGUUAGCACCAUACAAAUACCUGAUGAUGUUGAAUUUUCAAUUCUAUCAAAACUCUCUCUAAAAUCUUUGAAACGAUUUGAAUGUGUAUCUAAAUCAUGGUCAAUGUUACUCAAAAACCCUUAUUUCAUGAAAAUGUAUCAAAAUCAUAUCAUACAUAGAAACCAUUCUGAUCAUGAUGAUGAUGACACUGCAUCUCUUAUCUUACGGCAAAUGGUGCCUUUACCUGAUUACGUCAACGUCGAAUCCUUUUUGUAUUCUGUUUCUAAUGAAAGGUUUGAGAAUAAGGUUUUAUUCAAUGCAUCACUUCCAACUAAAGAGUUAGGGAAAAAUCUUAUUAUUGUUGGUUCCGUUAGUAUUAAUGGCAUUCUUUGUGUAACGAGUAAGGACGUUAAAGAGAGAAAAGUUGUAUUGUGGAACCCUGCUACCGAUGAAUUGAAGGUCAUUCCUCCUAGCCCUGUUGAGUCUGUGACCCGUUAUAGGUAUUGCAAACCGCAGAUUCAUGGAUUUGGUUAUGACUAUGUUAGGGAUGAUUAUAAGUUGAUUCGAUAUGUACGGUUUAAAACUAAAGAUCUUGUUUAUGAAGAUUAUACAAUUCCGGCGAAUACGGUGCCUACUGACCCGGUUUGGGAGAUAUAUAGUUUAAGUAGCAACUCUUGGAGGACACUUAAUAUGGAAAUGCCUAUAUUGAAGGUCAUUUCUUCUAAUGUAGAAAUUGUCCGAUUUUACCUGGAUGGAAUGUGUCACUGGUGGACUCAAGGAGAAUCACAUUGUGAAUGCUGUUAUAAUGUGUAUUUGGUGUCGUUUGAUGUGAUUAAUGAGGUGUUUUUUAAAACACCCAUGCCCUCUGACCUGGAUAAUGAAUUCCGUGAUUAUGUGGUGCAGUGUCAAUUAGUGACGUUAAACGGGUACAUUGCGUUGAUCCAAUAUUACUGGGAGUCAACUUCUUUUUACAUAUCACUUUUGGGUGAACUUGGUGUGGAGGAAUCAUGGACUAAGGUUCAAGAUGAACUGGAGGCAGAAUAUGGAAAAUUUCUUGAUGACUAUGCAAAAAACUAUGACAAUUAUGAUGGUCAAGGAUCACCUAUAAAUGAUGACAACAUUUCACAUACUGAAAAUAACAUAAAUCAGUGUACUGAUAAUGUUUACGGUCAAGUUUUCGGUGGUUUGUCAAUUACCGGUCAACUAACUGAAUCAUAUGUUUUUGAAUUGACUCUUUCUGACCUAAACAAUGCUACAAAGACUCAAUUUACAUUACCUUCUGAAUUUAGCGAUUAUGUAAGGCGAUACAAUUUUUAUAAGCUGCUUCUGCAAAUACCAAACAAAGAUAUUUCAAUAGUUCACUUGAAAUAUCCGAACAAUCCUUCAGAGAAUGUCAAGAUUGCUAGAGGAUGA